AGUGUCAGAACAGUCAGUUCUACCAGUUUGGAACUCGCAUGGGUCACCCCACAGAUUACCAAUGGUGAGAUUCUGUCCUAUCAACUCAAGAUGGAUGGAGUGGUUAUCUACUCUGGACUCCAGCUGAGACAUGUGGCUGAGAACCUAGUGUCAUACAGAGAGUAUCGCUUUGUGAUAACGGCAUGCACAGGAGGUGGUUGCACUGACAGCGCUUCCGUGGUCGGUCGUCCUUCUGAAGAUGUACCUCGAAUCAUGCGAGCACCGACCCUGAAUGUGCUCAGUUCCAAUGCCAUUGAGAUAAGGUGGCAGGAACCGGACCAACCAAAUGGGGUCAUCACAGCCUACGAGUUACGUAGAGACAGUAAGUUAGUCUACUCUGGCCCAAGUACUUCCUACUCUGACUACGGUUUAUUGCCAGGGGUGGAGUAUGCAUAUGUUGUCACUGCAAUAAACAACCAAGGUAGUGUGAGCAGCCCAGAGGUGAAGGCCACCACAUACUCCUCCUCACCAGAGGGCCUCUUACCCCCAGUUCUCACUCCAGAAUCCUCCUCAGAGAUUCAGGCAACAUGGCAAGCACCUGCUCAACCCAAUGGAAACAUCUACAACUACACGCUGUACAAGGAUGAUGAGGUGGUGUAUUCAGGUACCCAGUUCAGCUUCAAGGUGACUGGUCUGCAAUACUGGACAACCUACUCUUUCAGAAUUCAGUCUUGUACAAACUCAGGCUGUGCAACAAGUACAGCUAGUAGAGCACGUACCUUGGAGGGCCCACCCUUGGGGCAGAAUCCCCCCACUAUGCUGCCCCUGGCUGAUGGUUCAGGAAAACAUGUUGGUGUGAGGGCGGAGUGGUUGCCACCAUCUCGUCCCAAUGGUGUGAUCACUAUGUAUGCUCUGUAUAGGAGGACAGUGACCAGAGAUGAAGCAGGGCGUUCCUCCUAUGGUGCCCCAGUUCUGCUGUAUAAUGGCACAGCUCUGCUGUAUGAGGACCGUGACCUGAGUGCCCUCCUGGCGUACACUGAGUACCAGUACAUGGUGACCGCCUUCAACUCCGCAGACAGAGUCAGCAGCAUGUGGCAGACUGUGACCACAUUUGAGGCUCCCCCUGAAGGGGUACCGCCUCCCAGAGUGCAGGAUGUAACAGCCACUAGUGUGAGAGUAGAGAUUUUGAAGCCUUCAAAGCCCAAUGCGCUGGUCAACAGCCUCAGCUAUAAUGUCAUAGUUGAUGAUACAGUGGUCACCAGAAGUACAUUCCUUGUCCAAGAGGUGACAGGUUUGCAGCCUUACACAACCUAUGCCAUCCGUGUAGAGGCCUGUACCUCUGCAGGCUGCACUACCAGUAAUGCCACCUAUGUUAGAACACUACAGGCACCACCCACUGGGCUGGCUCCACCCACUGUAUCCAGUAUAACCAAUAGAAGUUGUGUUGUCACAUGGGCUCCUCCCACUUAUCCCAAUGGUAUACUAGUAAGGUUUGAGCUCUCCUACCGCCUGUCCUGUCCUCCCCCUUACCAGCCCUUCAACACUAGUGGUCUGUGCCAGGCCCAGGGUCCAUAUACCAUCUACUCAGGCCUAGAGCUCCAAUACACUGUGCCUAACCUGCAGCCAUACACUAACUAUGAGUUCCAGGUCAAUGCCUUCAAUGAGCUGCCAGGGGGAGUGGCUAACCCAGGCUGGACCAGGAUGACCACUCUGGCUGGAGUCCCAGAAUAUUCCACGCCCCCCAGGCUGUCCAAACAGGGCACCACAGUUGUAGUGGACUGGUCAGAUAGCUUCCAGCUUAAUGGAGAACUGCUGACCUAUACUUUGCUGGCAGAUGACCGCAAGACAUACACUGGAUUUGAGACCAGUGCUGCAGUAGAGAGGCAGACCAAAGAACAAAUUAUCCAGUUUAAAGUCCGUUGCACAACAAAGAUGGGUGUGGCUGAAACUCCAGUGAUAGUAUUUGACCCAAGCUCAGCAGAUAAUGUUGGAACAGUGGCUCCAUCUGUUGCCCCACAGAUCCAGCUCCCAUUUUAUCAGGAAGUGUGGUUCAUCGCAGUGAUUGCACUGGUGGCAUUGCUGCUACUGAUGACAGGCAUAGCGUGCUGUCUGCGCUACUCUGGAACCAGAACGCCUUAUGUGAGGGAGAGGAUGCCUCUGCAGCCCAGACAGAAGAAAUAUGGCAAUCAGAUUGGAUAUUGUGUGGAUCCUUAUGAUGGAAGCAUUAUUACCAAUGACAUUCCUCAGAGAUCUCCCAGUCAGACAGGUAGUGUCAGAGGUCGUGCACAGAAAUACAUGUUGGAUGACCAUGAAGAAGGUUUUGUGAACCCCGCAUAUUCCACAGCGUCCAUGCGCAGCAGGAGUAACAGUUUUGUUGAUGUUUCAUUUGAUAAAACGUCGAAGUCGUCAAAAUAUUUGGAUGAUGAUGAUGACCCAAUGUGGGAUGGACAUGUUCAUGACAGUGGCUUGGUUAGUAUGGCAGGGCAGUUUGAUGAUGAUGACUACGCCUCCAGUCACCCAGUAAGUGUCACCAAGGAGCAGACAGUCUUCACAGACACUCAUUUAUAGCACUCCUGACUAACAUUGUAUCCAUUUAUAUCUGAUACCUAAAAGAACACUUAUGGCGGCCAUAUUGUCUCAAGUUCUGUGCCUGUUUGGUGCUGACAUCUGUAGGAUUUUAGGAGCCAAUAAUAGCUGAAACGUCACAUGCUAAAUAGCCCAGUGACAAAUACAGUGACAGGGUUUUCAGCCACAUAUAAUCUGAAGUGAAUGUGUACAAGACUGGUGCUGUUGAAACUUGGGAUCAGGGUACACCAGUCAAAUGCCAUGAGAUUGCUUUUACUGUGAAACCUACCAUACAAAGAGAUUUGUUAUUAUUACGAUUGCUCUAUACAAAAGGGUAUAUAAAACAAGGAUAUUAAAAAUUUUUUUAUAUUUUUACUCUAGGGAACAUAAGUACAAAGAGAUUUAUGUGUGUAACCCUUUUUUAAAUCUCUUUUUGAUGAGAUAAAUUUUUGUGACAUAUGGAUCUUCACAAUAUUUUGUUGACCUGUCCAUUCUUUAUAUUUAUUCAUUUAGUUGAAAACUUUGCUAGUCUUUAACCGUCCACAUAUUAUGUAUUUAAGCAAAUAUGCAUUCUUAGUAACUUACAGCAAUCUUUUAAGUGUUUACAUUUUGAAGAUAUAUUUUAUAUUAAAAACAGCUUCUUAAAGACCAAAUAUUAUUAAUAUUUUUCGUGUUUUAUGCAUCAUUUAUGCACUGCUGAGCCAGAAACUCAUUCCCUCCUCACCACUGUAUUUACCGUCCACAAAUAUAUUUUAUAAGCAUUUAAAUGUAGGAAACAUAAGAUCUGUUUGCAACCCAUGCCUGUGAUGGGAAUGUUUGUAGGUUCUUUUAUGUGGAAUUUUUUUUUAUUAUUUAAGAAGUCCACAAUAUUAUAUAAAUUUAAUAUCUUAUUUUUAACUUUACACCAAUACUGGUUGUAUGUAGCCUAGCUGAACUGAAUAAUGCAAGCUUGCCAAUGCAUUUACCAAGCCCAUUUAAACUGGUCACAAUUAUAAAGCAUGCGCAUAUUCAUAUUUACCAAAGAUUGUUUGUAUGUUAAUGAUUGAAUUAUGUAAGUUUUGUUUUUGCUAUACAUUGGUAGAUGCCCAGCUACUGUUUGUUGCUUUUUUACAUUCCACAAUAUUGGUUGUGCUGGCCAUAUACUUCAGAGUUAGUGAGCAUAGAUUGAACAUAUAUUUAUGUAUGUUUUCUUGUUAUAUAAGACAAUGACAAUGUAUUGCUUUUAGUAGCUUCUUAUACAUUCCAGAUAAACUAAGUCAAGUUGUCAUCUGAUUUUUUUUAAUGUUUGAUGAUGGUAUGCAGUUUUAUAUCUUUAAAACUCACACACACACACACACACACACACACACACACACACACACGCUUGCACACUUAUGAAAUCUCACACUUAAGAAGCUAGCUUAGUGAAGAAGCAUAUACAAUAGAGUGAGCUUUUGUGUGAUACUAUAACAUUAUAAAGAGUUGCAAAUAUUAAUCAUUUGUGCAGCUAAAUAAUCAUUGUGGAUUUGACAUGAAAUUUAAUUAAUUUUGUAAAAAAUGCUCAAUCUUAUUCUAAUUCUUGUAGAGCUCUAAUCAAAACAGCAACUACUGAUUUUUUUCUAUGCACUUAUUACAGUCUAAAGGAUACUCUUACAAAAACCUUUUUAGAUGCAUGUUCUUGAUGAAAUUAAUUUGUACUCAGUCAAUAUUUCAGAAAUUAGCAAUCAUGCCUGACUAAAUGUACAGGGUAACUUCAAUUUCUCA